UAUCCCAAGGAAGUCUGGUCUCCUGCUGGAGGCUGGUACGCCCAGCCUGGCAACUGGAGGGCCAACACUGCUGCGAUUGGCGCCGUCAUCCUUGGAAUCUCAGUCUUCACAUGGAGCCUCAGCGCUGAGCGGGAAUACCGCGACAAGAUGCCCGAGCCCGGCCGAUUCUUCCCCAGUCGCUAG